UUCGCAUGUUAUUCUAAGGUACACUUAUAUACUUUUUAAAAAAUUAAGAAAUUGAUACUUCUCCGUGACUUCACGCAUUUUUAAAUAUUAGCAGAUGGAUUUACUAAGAUUCUAUAAAAAGUUGUUUAUACACACAUGCUCACCUAUGACGAAAUUAAGAUAUCAUGUAGCCUGUGGGGCCAUUAGUGGAAAAUGAAUAAAUCUCAAAUAUAACCCUGUUAUUAAUAAUAUCAUCAAUUUAAACAUAGACAAUGCGUUCAUUUUUGUUUGUAUCGACUAUCAUUUACGUUGUCCAUGUAAGUGUUAUUCUCAGCCAUGACCCACUCAGAAACGUAGCAUACUCUAAGACAGUUGUCUUAAGUUCCAGAUACCAUCCUAGUCUCUACCCAGGAUCGAAAGCUGUAAAUGGUCUGAUGUCUGACCUUGUUCACACUGCAGAUGAAAAAUCUCCUUGGCUGAGGAUAGAUCUGGGAGCAACCUACCUUAUCCAUGAAAUAGAAGUGUUUGCUAGAUCCGACUGUUGUGAGGAUCAGCUUCAUGACCUUGACGUCAAUGUUGGGGACACUAUCAACGACAUGCAUCUGUGUGGUCACUUCACAGGGCACACUAACUUAGGUGGGCGGGUCGCAGUGUGGUGUCCUCAUAACACCAGAGGGCGAUAUGUACAGAUUCAGAUUGUGGUGGGAAAUUUGAAUUCCUUGACUCCAGCAGAGGUUCUUGUUUGGGGUGUACACGUAAAAUGAACACGGAGGGGCCUAUAUUAAUUUCCCUUCCUUGCAAUUCAGAUAUGUUCUCCAUUAUGAUAAAGCAAUCAUCUACUGAUCUGUGUUUGGUUAUGUUUUUCGUUUAAGUGUUUAAGUAUACCUAUUUACAGUGAAAGUGCGUUAAUUUAUAUUUUGCUAUAGAAAAUAUAGCGAAUAACAUUGGUCUGGUACACAAUAAGAAAUUUCCUUAUUAUUUAUUGCGUUAAUAACUUCAGACGCUUGUUAUUGCCUGUGUAAUGUGUUGUUAUGUACUAAUAGGCA